AUGUUCUUGCUUCCAUUCUUUCUCAUUUCUUUUUUCUUUUCUUUUCUUUCUUUCUUUCUUUCUUUCUUUCUUUCUUUCUUUCUUUCUUUCUUAUUCUAUUUUCCUUCCUUUUUCUUUUAUUUUUCUCAAUUUUCCUUUCUGUAUAUUUUAUUUUUUCCAUGUUCUUUCUUUCAUUCUUUCUCUUUUCUUUUUUUUUUCUUUUCUUUCUUUCAUUCUUUAAUUCUUUCAUAUUCCAUUCUCUUUCCUUUUUCUUUUUUCUUUCUAAAUUUUCCUUUCUGUAUAUUUUGUUUUUGCAUGUUCUUUAAUUCUUUCUUAUUCCAUUUUCUUUCCUUUUUCUUUUGUCUUUCUCAAUUUUCCUUUGUAUAUUUUAUUUUUCCUUCUUUCUUUCUUUUCUCUUUCUUUCUUUCUUUCUUUCUUUCUUUCUUUCUUUCUUUCUUUCUUUCUUAUUCAAUUCUUUCUUCCUUUUUCUUUUAA